AUGCCGUGGUAUUUGGCCGUAUUCGCCGUAAUCACCGUCUAUCUCGCAGUUUCCAAUACGCUGGUACAACUAAACGCGAAAGAAAUCACGGGGUGGAUGGCCCUCCAGUACGUCGUCACCGGUGAAUUGAUACGAGCCGGUGCGGCAGCCCUCAUCGCAUCACCCAUCAUUACAGAGGCUGCGCCCGGGACACUAGCCGGCAGCCCUCGGCACGAAAGCGUGGUUCACCGUGUCGUCUACAACAUCAGCUAUGGAGAGCCGCAGCGCCGGUUCGAUUUUCGGAAACUGCUGAUAGUUCUCGGCAUUCUGCUGGCGCUGAUCCUCCUGGCGGCGGCGGCUUACGGCAUUUACUGGCUGUUCACCGACGAGGAUGGGAUUGACCUGGCGGCGCCAUCGGUUCUGGGCGCUGAGCGUCCGAUGCAGUUGCGGCAACACCGUUUGAAACGAGAUAUUACCGGCCCUGUUCCAAGACAAUACCAAUACGGUAUUCCUGGUGGACGUGAGCAAGAGCAUUGA